AUGUAUUUCGUUCGUCUUUUCGGUGUAGCUGUGGCUUUCUAUAGCGACACUUUUAGAAUCAAGCUUGAUCCACUUAGUAUUAAAGUGGUCAUAGUGUUUAUAAACGAAGUCGCCACAAACUUUAUAUCAUCUAAAAAUAUCUCGUUUAGCUCCAAGAGCAUAUACAUCGAUACUAAAAAGAGAGCCAAAAAAAGAAGUCGAAAACAUUCCAAAAAUAGUCUACAACCAGAAGUUUUUACUAAACAAAUUAUCGAGGAAGUGAGAAAGGUAUUCAACAGCUCCGUGAAAAAGAUGGUCGGGCUUGACCAAGAGAAAAUCCGGAUGUCUAUCUUUAACAAGGGCCAAGCAUCCGUGAAAUUAGAAUAA